UUUGUAUCACCGAUGGUUGCAUUAUCGGAUCAGAUAAAAAUGGUCUGGAAGGUAGCAUGUUUGAAGCCUUUCUAGGAGUACCGUAUGCCAAGCCACCCCUCGGGAAGCUGAGGUUUAGAGAUCCUGUACCUGCGGAAUCAUGGAGUGGUCACUACGACGGUACAUACGAGCGCAGUAAAUGUGUGCAGAAGAGCGAUGCGCGGCCUUACUCGCUGGUGGAAGGAAGUGAAGAUUGCCUAUAUCUAAAUCUGUACAGGCCGAAGGUUAGUUACAUAACCGAUCCACUUCCGGUGAUUGUCUUCAUCCACGGUGGCAGAUAUGCAUCCGGAUCAGCAUCGAUGGCCGAGUACGGCCCGGAACGAUUGAUGGACACUCGAAGGGUGCUCGUCGUCGUGAUUCAAUACCGUCUAGGUGUGUUUGGAUUUCUGUCGACCGAAGACAGUAGUUCGCCGGGAAAUUAUGGACUAAAGGAUCAAAGUAUGGCAUUGCGAUGGGUUCAGAAAAACAUUAAACGCUUCGGAGGAGAUACUAAGCGGGUAAUGUUGGUAGGUCACGAAGCGGGAGCAGCAUCGGUUCAGUUGCAUAUGAUGUCACCGUUGAGCAGGGGUACCUUCUCGAAAGCGGUUAGUAUGAGUGGCAGUGCACUAGCUUACUGGAAUUAUAACAUUGACCAGGCGAGGGUAGCUCGCCGACAGGCGGCUGUACUCGGAAUACCCGAAGCAUACAAAAUUUCAACCACCAAAUUGGUCGAUGAGCUUCGUGCCGUGGAUGCCAUAGAACUAGGAAGGAGCAUUGAUCGGAUGAAAUAUUUCCACGUGCAGCCAACCGGACUGUACCAACCUGUCGCAGAACGUCACGAGACAAAUGGAACAUUCUUGAACAAGGAACCUCGGGCUCUGUGGGUGUCCGGAAAAUAUGAACAGAUCCCUUGGAUUACAGGGUUCGUUCCGAAUGAUGGUGCAGCGGAUUCCUUGAGUAUUAUCACCAAUACGACUCUGCUCGAGCAGCUGAAUGAGAAAUCGAUCAAAUUUAUUCCACGUUUAGCGGGGGGAGAUGCAAGCCCGCGGACGGUUCAAAUGUUGAAGGAACGUUUCUUCAACGACAGUUCGCAAGACAACUGGUUGACGACCGACAAUUUUCUGCGAUUGCAGGAUCUGAUGACAGAAUCGGCGAUAAUCUAUCCUAUUGCUUUGGGUGUUAAACAACACUUAUCACAAAGAAACUCGCAAAGGGCACCGGUCAGCGUGUAUUACUUCAACUUCAAGGGACAAUUCUCAUACUCGUACCUUUACACCUACACCAGAGAGGACUUCGGGGUUUGCCAUUCAGAUGAGUUAUUGUAUCUAUUUCGCAACACAGACGUGGCCGUCGACUUUCCGACCGGAUCGCCCGAAUGGAUAAUGGCGAAAGGGUUUGUGGAUUACAUCAGCAAAACGGCUCGCGAAGGAAUCGUUGGUCCGAUAUGCGAGCGUACUGACUGUCAGCUGCUGGAGUUUGCCAAUUCGAGUAACUCAAAAGUUCCGGUAGAGCUAAAUCUGUACAAUGGUUUCGACGAGGAUUUGUUCCAAUUCUGGCGAACAUUUUACCGCCUGCAAGGAAUUUAGU